AUGAACACCGAUGCCGAUAGCGAGGACACCGCACUUGCACAUUCUCAUCAACGCGCGCCGUAUGCAGCUCCGACGAUCAUUGAUGACGAGACUUGUCAACUACAAGGCGCUCGCCUGGACGUGUUCAGCGGUAUCCCGAAGAACUUACACUCCAUGCUAAACCUGCCUCUACGUCCGGCCCCGAAGCGCCCUGCCGACGCACUCAUUGCUCGCGAAGACCGCAACACUAAGCGUGCUCGCGAAAGCCAAGACUCAGACCAAGCGAAACCGGCAGAUACUAGAAUGACUGGAAGUAUGGUGGACCGUACGCUAAGCCCUGAGAUGAGUAUGCGUAACCGAGAUAUCUUCCGAUCCGCACCGCGCUCUCAAAAUCACCGUCGCCGUUCGACCGCAUACGAGCCUCGUAAGUUCAACGCAGAGCCGGUUCCGCACACUACCUCCACGCGUAAGCGAAAGGCCGAAGACAUCGGAGACCGCAUCGACUUCCUGAACUUCGGAUACGAUGGAAUAGAGCCCAAGACGCCGGAAGACAGACGAAUGAAGUACCAGGCAGAUGUUGAGAUAUCCAAGUUGCAUGCAAAGCGCUUCAGGGUCCAAGAAGAGCGUUAUGCCGACAGGGAGGAAUAUCAUCUUGCCAGAGAGAACCAGCUCUUGGCAGAGGGUAGAGCAAGGGUUGCGCAGCUCUUGGCGGAUGUCGAAGAAUCUCGACUAAAGAAAAAGAACUGGGCCGAUGCUGCAGUGACCGCGGAGAAGACAGGGUCGGGUGAGUGA